AGCAUGAAUGGGGGCCGUGGCAAAGCACCUGGAGCUGGGAGCCCCAUGCUCACAUCCUGCUCCUCCCAGAAGAUGUGCUCCUGGAUGAUGAGCUGCUGCUUAGCCCUUCAGCACCUGGCUGUGCAGACCUCCUUGCUCUGCAUCUUCCACCUCCUCCUGCUACCCACCCUGCCUCAGGAGCCACCUCAUGCCCAGACCACCAGCAAGCUGCUGGCACGAAGCCUCUUUGCCUGCGGCAUCUCCACAGUGCUGCAGACCACCCUGGGGAGCCGGUUGCCACUGGUUCAAAUCCCAUCCUUUGAGUACUUAGUCCCUGCCAUGGUGCUGAGUUCCCACCUGUCCCCCGGUGCCAGCAUAGACAGGAAUGGCACAGCCAUGGCCAGUACAUGUCUUGUACCUCAUUGCAGAGACACAGGGAGCUGGGCUGACUCACUGCAAGAGGUCUCUGGAGCAGUGCUGAUCUCUGGACUGAUUCAGUUGGUGCUGGGAGUGUCUGGCGUGUGUGGGUGGGCAGUGCAGCACUGCGGGCCCAUGGUCCUGGCCCCCAGCCUCUCCAUCAUCGGGCUGUCCACAUACAAGGAGGCUGCUUUCUUCUGCUCCACUAACUGGGGAGUAGCACUGCUGCUCAUGCUCCUUGCUGUCACCUUCUCCCAACACCUGCGGUCCUGCCGCCUGCCCUUCUGUGCCUGGCCCCAUGCUUGGGAGGGCUCCACAGAGUAUUCAGUUCCCACCCUGCGCACAUUCUCGGUACUGCUCCCAUUUGCUGGUGUCUGCAUUGUCUGUGCCAUCCUCAGCUACUUCCAUGUUCCUUGGGAAUCACUGGAUGUGACCGUGGCGCAGCUGUCCUGGGCCAACAGCACCUCCAACGCCCCUUGGAUCCGCAUCCCCUAUGCAGGAGCGUGGAGGUGGCCGCUGCUCACCCCCCGGGCGCUGGCAGUGGGCAUUGCCAUGGCCAUCGGCAGUAGCAUGAACUCUGUGGGCUGCUAUGUGCUGUGUGGGAGGCUGCUGCGAGUCCCUCGGCUACCCUCUCACGCCUGUAACCGGGGGCUUUGCAUGGAAGGGUUGGGCAGCCUCCUGGCAGGACUGCUGGGCACCACAGGGGGCACGGCCUCCAGCAUUGCAAACACCUGUGCCACUGGCUUCACGCAGGCUGGCUCUUGCCACUCAGUGCAAGUAAGCGCCCUGCUGUGCAUGGUGCUGGGCAUGUCCCCGAGGCUGGCAGGGCUCCUCACCCAUAUCCCACUGGCAGUUCACGGAGGGGUGCUUUGUGUAACCUACGCCGUGGCUGUGGGCACGGGGAUCUCCUACUUCCAGUACACAGACAUUGACUCAGGGAGGAACAUCUUCAUUGUUGGCUUUGCCAUGUUCAUGGCAUUGCUGGUACCGCGGUGGUUUGGCACGGCUCUGACUCCCCUGGCCACAGGCUGGGUGCCAUUGGAUCUCCUCUUCCUCUCCUUGCUUAUGGUCCCUGUCUUCUUAACUGGCUUCUUGUCAUUUUUUCUGGAGAACACGGUCUCAGGAACACUGGAGGAACGAGGGCUGCUUUCUGAGCAGCCAUGGAAAGCCAGAGCUGGUGACUGUAACCUCCAUGGAGAGAGAGGGGAAGUCAGCCAAGCAUAUGGGCUCCCCACUGGGCUAAGGAGGCUGCUGCCAUCUUCCUGCAAAGCCUUUCCAUGCUGCUUCCUCUGCCCAAGGAGUGAGGAAGAGGAGGAGAGCAGUUGUGCCACUGAGGAGGGGACAGCUGCCCCGGGGGAAGGGACACACUUGCUCCCCAAACCCAGCUCUGGGGAGCUGCAGCCAGCAAUAAGGCCAAGCCAGACAGACAUGCCUGCAUGGCACACCGUGGCCUGACCCUGUCAUCUGGGGGCAUCUCAUGUGAAAACAGGGCUGUGACCUCAAGGCAGCUUAUGAGCCACUUUGUUCCUUGUUUCUGAAGCCCUUGAGGACUGGAGGAACCUGAGCUUCCACCCUCCUAACAA